UGUAGCAGAAGUCGAGUCCUCUGCCUCGCGCUCCGCUCUUCGCUUCUCUUCCUCUUCGAUCUUCGCUCUCUUCCAAUCUUCCUCCGCCGCGCAUUCAGGAGAAGGAUAGCCGAUCGAGGAGAUGGUGGGGCCGGCUCGCCCAGUCUUCGUGCUCUUCGGAUCUUCCAUCGUCCAGUUCAGCUUCAGCAAUGGCGGAUGGGGAGCCAUCCUCGCCGACGUAUAUGCCCGCAAGGCUGAUAUUAUACUACGUGGAUAUCUUGGUUGGAACUCUAGGCGUGGUGUUCAAGUGCUUGAAGAAGUUUUCCCAAAGGACGCAGCUGUGCAACCUUCUUUAGUGAUAGUUUAUUUUGGUGGCAACGACUCAAUGGGUUCUCACUCAUCUGGACUAGGCCCUCAUGUGCCUCUACCAGAAUACAUUGAGAACAUGAGAAAGAUAGGAACUCAUCUCAAGAGCUUAUCUGGAAAAACACGCGUUAUCUUCCUUUCAAAUCCACCCGUCAAUGAGGAAAUGAUUCGCUGUGCACAAAGUCCUUACAUAAGUAAGAUAGUUCGGACAAAUGAAUUGUGCUGGCAAUAUUCUGAAGCUUGUGUAAAAUUGUGCAAGGAGAUGGACAUAAAAUUUGUUGAUAUGUUCAAUGCAAUACAAAAGCAGGAUGACUGGCAAACUGCUUGUUUUCUUACUGACGGUAUUCACUUAUCUUCUGAAGGAAGCAAGAUACUUGUAGCUGAGAUAAUUAAGAUUUUAAAAGAAGCAGAUUGGAAGCCUUCCUUGUACUGGAAAUCCAUGCCAACCGAGUUCUCAGAGGAUUCACCUUUUGACCUUGUUGCUUCUAAUGGAGUGUCCACAAUCAACAUUUCCAACUUGACUACUCACAGAGAAAUCGAGUGGGAUUAAAAAAAUGCCUAUGACUCAUCUAUUAAGCUAUUUAGCACUCACUGCUCAGCUAGAAAGGAUAAGAUUUGAUAAAA